GGAGGAGAAAAAAAGCGGGAAGCGACCAACAGCACUUACUUGCUUUUAGCGGAUCAUUUGCAUUGGAGAGGCAAGCAAGGUUGACCUCUUACUCCAUUGUGUUCUAGCUAGCUAUACCGGUAGACAGAGGCUCUACGAGAUAUAGCAAAGUUGCAGGCUCAGUUGGAUUCGAUUCUAGCUAGAUCCUCUAAAUUGAAGUAGAAGAGAGAAGUCUGAUCCAUCAUUGGCCAACGACGAUUGUUUCAUCGAGUGCACUACCAUAGUACCAGUACUCCACUGAAGAUCCAUUCCAUUCGCUCGAAGAGAGGGAGAGACAGACGAUGGCAGAUCCUCCAGGCGAACGCACGAGUCUUCCUUCCCCUACAGGUCCAUCUCGUCCAAUCAAUAGCACGAGCACGAAAGGAUCCAAUCGAGGAAGUGGAGACAGCAGCAAGAGAUCUUCUCAGCAACAGCAGCAACCGCCAGAAUCCCAGAAGAGUCAGUCCCAAAAGCAGCCUCACAGUCGUAGUACGCCACCACAGCCACAACAGCCACAACCGCCAUGGCCAGCCGACGCGAAUACAACAGCGGCGUCAUUGCCUCAGACCAUUUCCACUUCCAAAAAAAGCAAUUCGACGCAACAGUUGAAUCAACUGCGACGACGAGAAAUGGAAGAUCGCAUUGGAAAAUUACUCACGCGCCUCCAACGACAAUUCGCCGCUCAAAAACCUUCCGAGCAGCAAUCCUUUAUCAUCCCACCACGACCUCCGGAUCAAGCGGCCGCAUCGUUGGGCAAGGAACUGGCGCAUGCUUUCAUACAGACAUAUUAUUCUGCUACAGUUGUUGAGAAUGAUCAUAAUAAGGAACAACUACUGGAACCCACACGGCACAAGAUUCUCGCCAGUUUGGCACAACGAGGCAUUCAUCCAUCGAUUCCACACGCUUUUUUUGAUCAAUUGGUCAGUCCACAGACACAACAAUACAACUCUCCUCCACCGCCCAUUCCCACUCAACAACAACCCACGUUGCACUACGAAUGGGAAGCCUGGUUGCCCAACUUUAUUCUACAAUGCGAACAACAAAUCAUGGACGAACUGCCGAAUGGUACUUCUAGUAGUAACAAUAACAACAACAAUACGCAUUACGGGGAAGAAUGCGGCAGUGGUCUCCACGAAACACUGGCGGCGGCUUUGAGAGCCUAUGCUCUGUCGUCGGCACAACAGGCUCAAUUAUCUCAACAACACAAUCAACACCAACAUUACAAUCAAAAUCGCCGACGCACAUCCAACAGCCAUCAAAUCUUGACCACCACGUAUCGACGCCUCCAAUCGUCGGCGGCCCGGACCAUUCUCGUGAGAGAAUUUGCUCGCGCUGUCGAUAAGAAUUUACAACUCAUUCCACCCCAAUUAUCGUCAUUGCUGGCGGCAUGUGUCUUGACCAUGUGGGCCACACCGCAUGCCGAAAAGACACAACUCUUACAGGAAAUUUGGCGACAGUGUUGGGAAGUCAUUUAUGCAUCGGACAAAUUUGGACAUUUUUGGCAUUUUUUAUUUUGGAUGACAGAAGCCUUGAAUUUGUUUUUACUCGCGUUGCCAUUGGCGGCGGCACAAUAUCAUCACGAUCGACCGGCAUGGAAGGAAUUGGCACAAGGAUGGUUGAUGGAAUUGGGCGAUAUGAUUGCCUUUGUGGUGCAUGCCACGACAUCGGACCAUGAGCAAAAUCAACAAGACACUCAUUCCGUGCAAGUAUCAUCGGAACGACUCUUGGCCGAAUGGAUUCAGUUGAUCAUGAACAAUCUACUCCCCAUUUUGGCAUUGCAAAAUGGAAUGGCACAACCGGGAUUGUAUCGAUUGUCUCUAGAACCACUGUUGGAACAACUCAAUGGACUCAUUGUAGAAAUGGAUGAUUCACUGGUACAACUUCAUACCAUGGUUGUCUUUCGAUUGUCCACCAUGGCGCUCACGACGCCGCUACGAGGAGAAACCAAAAGUAUAUUGGCACUGUUUUCCUAUCUCUUGCCCAGUGAAUCGCCCUUUGCCCGGGCACUCACCAGUACGGUGGGAGCCAUUUUUAUGCAAGACGAUACCUGCAAAUCGGCGGCCAAGCAUUUGCUCAAAACAGUACAAGGAGUAGAUCAACAACUCAUGACGGGGGGCGAUAGUAGUCGUGGUGGUAGUGGUAGCAAAGGGAUGGUCGGUAUUGUGCAAUUGCUCGAAGAAGGAGGAGACGAUGGACAAGAAUUACUCGACUUUACGGCUCGUGUCAAUGCCCACGAACUCGUGCACUUGUCCAGUGCCAAACAGGUGGAAACAUUACUCUUGGGGAUUUGUCUCAUGGAAGUCACUACCGAAGAAGAAAUGGGGCACAACCAGCACACCAAUGACGAUGACAAUGAUAAUGACAGCAACAUGGACAACCAAAACACCAAGAGCAACACUACGAAUCAGUUUUGUGAUGCCGCCCGCAACUUUUUAAAGACGUUGCUUCAGCGAUAUCCCCAUCUCGGCUUGCUCUUGACACCGAGCCUCAUUUCCGACAUUAAUGCCGCCGCCGUGGAAAAAUCGCCCACGGAACUUUUGGGCAAGUUGCAAUUCUUGGCCGACAGCGUCACGGGAGAUCCCAGUUGUGCCCAACAGGUAUGGAACUUGCUAGGAGUGCAAAUGCUGGAUCCAAACCAGACGCCAGUUGUUCUGCGGUGUGCCGUCCUUCGGUUGUUGCCACGGCUCUGUCUCGUCAACAAGCGACUUUAUCGGCGUGUCGUGGACACGUUGGGGGAACAUCGAGAUGGCAAGAAUAGUAAUACGGUCGGUGUCGGCGUGGAAACGCCGGAUAGCAUGAUGAUUCAAACCGAAGUCAUGGAGAUUCGAUUGGCCGUGGCCGCGUCCAUUGUCGAUCUGGCCAAGGAUGAUCUGAUUCGAGACCCGGCUGAUUGCAUUGGGUGGAUCCAGGAAUUUCUCGUUGAAGACUACUCGGAAUCUCCCUCCAAAGCAUUGCUUGUUCAUUAUGCUAUCUUGGCGUUGCAUUAUCUUGUCAUUGCCCAAGAACUGGAUUUUGCACUGGUACUCAAGGUGAUGAAAAAGAAAUUAUGUGCCGUCACAUCCAUUGACGAAGUCCAGCAUCUUCCACCCGUCAUCCAAGAAGCAUUGGCACUAUUACUCGGAGAUGGCGAAUGCAAAGAGGAUAGCAGCGACGAAGAAGACGACGAAGGCGGGAAAGAACCGGAAGUGCCCGACAUUUCGCCACAAGUCGUUGGAGCAGUGCAGGUGUUGAUUGAUUUGGGUAUCCAAUUCGAAACGAUAGAGGCCGACAAUGAAACUUCCGUCGAACUCAUUGCCAGGAUCCGUCGCAAUAUUUACUAUUCAUUGUCCCGAUACUCUCUCGAUGCGCUUGGCCUGGAUGAAGAUGGGGUCAAGGCAACCCUCUCGUGGCACGAGGAGGGUGGGGAAGCAAGUAGAGAGAACCCUCCUUUGACCGCUUCACGUUACAUGUCCUUGCGGAAACUGGCUGUGAAUGGAAUGCAACUGCCAUCCUCCUUCCGCGAACUCGUUGAUGGCUUUGACACAAUAAUUCUCAAUCUGAACUCGACGGUGCUCCAGUUUGAAGAGGAAGCUCUUGCUUCGUCGCUGUGGAAAACAAAGGGGACGCGACACCAUGUGGGGCAACAAAGGCGAAUUGAAAGCAACAAAGCAUUGUCUAAGGAUGCAGUGUCACUCCCAUCGCCCAGCAAGCUUCAGAGUCUACACAAAAAGAUGCCGUCGGCGUCGUCCAGCGUGGGCAGACUACUGUGUUUCGAAGGAAAGUCGCUGUCCAAGUUCCUCGCUCUGGCUGGGGAGGUUUCCUUCCAGGAACGGGAACCCAUGACACUGGUCUUCCUGGUUCAAGCGUGGCUCAAUUCCUGCUCACGACUGUUAUCCCAUCUGUACGAGGGACCCAAGUUUAGAGGUCUGAGCCAGCCGCUAGAGGAAGUCCGCAGAUGGGGGCUUCACACAGGCAACAAUGACGCUAUGUACUUCUCCAUGGCAGCCCUGUCGUUGUACGUUCCAAAAAGAGAAGACAAGAACGAGAGAAUGGGAGUGGACCAGAUCCAAGGAGAGAUCUGGAAUGCGUUUCGCAAUCUACAGUUCAAGAACUCGGAUUGCGCCAAGAUUUCAUUGGCCCUGACGGCUGUGACUUGUUUGCGCUGGGGAUUCCAGGAACGCGUGUUUGAAAUUAUUGGAGCGUUGGAGCAGUCCGUCAAAGGGUACGGGGGACAGAUAAGCUUUGGGGCUGCCUACGGACUCGCAAUCAUCGCACAGGCGAUUUCGCAUACCGAUCGAGUGCAGUCACUUGGUGGAAUCGGUGGCGAGACUCGCACGCGGUCGAAGAUUGGUCAAAUCGUUGGUUUCCUCGUUGGAGAGCUAGUAGCAUGUACAGGAGAAUCCAACAACAGAAGUGACAUCCUUACAACGCUCGUGGCAUGCUUGCAAUCCGGGGUAUCCACUCCGAAUCUAGUGGGAUCACUCGCCGACUCGGUUUCAGAGCAAUUCGCAAUUCCUCCGGCAAAGAUUGAAACGGUGAGGUACCUCAUGAUUAGUCUGGGCCUCAGCCUUCCGUCCCUUUCUCAUGUCAAUGGAGAUUUGCUAUUGGGAAGCCUCUUCUUCCUCGAAAGAUUCAUGUGGGGCAGCGGAAAAGGUAUUGCUCUAGUUCCUGUCCUUCACGAGGCAAAGUCGUCUGGCGUACUGACGGAGGACGAAUUCGACGUGAUCGUGUCAGAGUAUGGUAGAAUCUUUGAGCAGAGUCUGAGCGAGAGAGAAGCGCCCGACUUUAGUGAAGACUUAUUCUACGCUGUCAAUGGAGCGUCGAAGAAUCCAUCUCCGCAUAUCAUCCGAGAAUUCCUGACCAGAACCACAAUCCGCUUCGACGACAAUAGAUGUACAUCGCCCUUGGUAGGGGCAAUUGUGUCGGUUGGCUCUUUCCCUUGCUUGGGCUUCAUGUCUCGAAUCAUGACUGCGCCUGCUCAGGUGCGACUGGACACACCAAAACCCACUUCAGAGAGUGUUCUAGAGGUUGUUUCUGGCGUCCUCGAAGCGCACACUGAUUAUUCAAGGCCAGACUAUUCCAAAACAGCCGUGAUGUUGUUGGGUUUGCUGGCGUCCAUGAAAAAUCAACCAGCCGACAUUAGCCUUUCGCCUUCCCAGGACAAGCCACCAUCGCAAACGACUCAGUCGAAGCUGAAAGGACUGAAGCUUGAUUUUGCGCUACUCCCCGGGGCUGCUCCUGGAACGCUCUUGUACGACAUCAUGUCUCUCAUGCAGAGGGCGCACGGGGGCGAACAGGGUGACCAGACAGCGGACAUGAUGCGAUACAUGCGCUGCCUAGAGUCUCUUUCUUUGCCGGGGCACUUCGCCAAGCACUUUUUGGAGCCUUUGAUCAGCGAGGACAACGAUUCAACCAAAGAAGGAUGUCUCGCUCUGCUUUCUGCGCAAGUGAACAGACAAAGGGGAAGGAACGAUUUCACCAACAUGGCACUGCAAAUUUCCAUCAUGCCGCUGGUGUCAUUCAACUCUCUUCUCGGUAAUGGGAAGGCACCAGCAACAUUUGUCAAGUGUCUUGUGGGCGUCGUACGUUCGUUGCCUGCUGAGUUGGUCGAGAAUGGUUCUAUGAAUUUGUGGCAAAACUGCUUGUCCCUGUCGGAUGACACCAAUCUGCUGGUUGCAUUCCUCAAAUCAAUUCAAGUCAUUCUUAAAUCCCAGGGCAAGAGCGGCAAGCAAAGCAGUUUGUCUCCAAAAACAACCAAGUUCUUGGAACACUUUGUUACGAAAAGAAUCUUUAGUGAUUUGCGGGAGCUUCAGUGGGCGACCUCGUUGGGGGCCAAGGCGGCACAGGAGGAGGGAUCUAUCUUGAAAGGAUAUGUUUCCUGUUUGACUGCAUUACCCCUUUCCUCUCUCGAAGAAUUCGACCUUUUCACGUUUCAAGAGGAAGAUAGUUUCUCCGGGGAAGUCUUGAGGGCCUUUGUUGUAUUGGAGCUAGUGCGGUGUCGCUACUUUGGAGAUGCUGCCCGAGCCAAGAGAGAGAUUUCCAAGGUCAUGGCAUGGUUUUCACGCAAGUUCAUUUCGUUGGGAGCUGAAAUGUACGUGGACACCAUGAGGCGUGUGGCAUGCGCCGUGGCAGCAGCCACCAAAGUUUUGACUGCACCGGAACGCCGCGAAGUUUUGCUGUCUAUCCUGGAGCAGCUGCUUCUAUGUCAACCGUCGGCGGGUGCAAUUGGGGUAGACCUGUUGAGCAUUCUGGUGGCCUCGUGGUGCAGUGAUGUAGCCACCGAUGGUGAUUUAUCGAUGGCCUACGUAUGGAUUCAUUCGACAGACCGGCUACCUGGUCUUUCGGAUGCCUCCUUGGGGCAAGUCUUUGCUUUCUUUCGACACGAUCUCCCUUUCAACUUAGCUACCUAUGGUCGGAAGGAGAAGAUUGGAGCUAUCGUUGCGAACCAGGUAUGGAGGCUCUACAGUACAUGGUCGAAACAUGGUGCCGAUGAGGACGUGCUCAAGUGUCUGCGCAAGGCUUUCGUCUGCGGCAGUGGCAGCAAGGAGGAAGACUUUGUUUUGCUUGCGUCGUCGAUUCUCUUGGAAGCGGACAGUGCCCAGGUCGGUCAAAGUUUGCUUGGUUAACAGUUGUUUCUAAAAAGAUCUACAGGAAGUUUUGCCGCUUUGAGCCCCGGUUGUCUCUAGCUAGCCAGUAGAUGUGCGGACCUUUGGUUCCUAGCUAGCUAAAGUAGACCACGUCUCACAGAUUUUGCUGUGCCU